UGCCUCGACAUGCGCGAGAUAGAGAGGCUCGGCCCCAGGCCCAUGCUUGAGGUCAUCGAGGACUGCGGAGGCUGGGACCUGGGUGGCGCCGCCGAGCGCCCGGGGUCCUCGGGACACUGGGACCUCAACCGGCUGCUGUACAAGGCGCAGGGCGUGUACAGCGCCGCCGCGCUCUUUUCACUCACCGUUAACCUGGACGACAGGAACUCCUCACGCUAUGUCAUCCGCAUUGACCAGGAUGGGCUCACCCUACCGGAGAGAACCCUGUACUUAGCUCAGGAUGAGGACAGUGAGAAGAUCCUGGCAGCUUACCGAGUGUUCAUGGAGCGCCUGCUCAGCCUGCUGGGUGCCGAUGCUGUGGAGCAGAAGGCCCAGGAGAUCCUGCAACUGGAGCAGCGGCUGGCCAACAUCACAGUGUCAGAGUAUGAUGACCUCCGUCGAGACGUCAGCUCCAUGUACAACAAGAUCCUGAAACUGUUGGUUCCUCAUCUGCAGUGGAAGUGGCUGCUGGACCAGAUCUUCCAGGAGGACUUCUCAGAGGACGAGGAGGUGGUGCUGCUGGCCACGGACUACAUGCAGCAGGUGUCCCAGCUCAUCCGCUCCACACCCCGAAGGAUCCUGCACAACUACCUGGUGUGGCGCGUGGUGGUGGUCCUGAGUGAGCAUCUGUCCCCACCGUUUCGAGAGGCUCUGCAUGAGUUGGCACGUGAGAUGGAGGGGAGUGACAAGCCCCAGGAGCUGGCCCGUGUCUGCCUGGGCCAGGCCAACCGCCACUUUGGCAUGGCUCUUGGCGCCCUCUUUGUACAUGAACACUUCUCAGCUGCCAGCAAAGCCAAGGUGCAGCAGCUGGUGGAAGACAUCAAGUACAUCUUGGGCCAGCGCCUGGAGGAGCUGGACUGGAUGGAUGCUGAGACCAAGGCGGCUGCUCGGGCCAAGCUCCAGUACAUGAUGGUGAUGGUCGGCUACCCAGACUUCCUGCUCAAACCCGAGGCCGUGGACAAGGAGUAUGAGUUUGAAGUCCACGAGAAGACCUACUUCAAGAACAUCUUAAACAGCAUCCGCUUUAGCAUCCAGCUCUCAGUCAAGAAGAUCCGGCAGGAGGUGGACAAGUCCACGUGGCUGCUUCCUCCACAAGCACUCAAUGCCUACUAUCUACCCAACAAGAACCAGAUGGUGUUCCCUGCUGGUAUCCUGCAGCCCACCCUGUAUGACCCUGAUUUUCCACAGUCUCUGAACUACGGGGGCAUUGGCACCAUCAUCGGGCAUGAGCUGACCCAUGGCUACGACGACUGGGGGGGGCAAUAUGACCGCGCGGGCAACCUGCUGCACUGGUGGACAGAGGCCUCCUACCGCCGCUUCCUGCGCAAGGCCGAGUGCAUCGUCCACCUCUACGACAACUUCACUGUCUACAAUCAGCGGGUGAAUGGGAAGCACACACUUGGCGAGAACAUCGCAGAUAUGGGGGGCCUCAAGCUGGCCUACUAUGCUUAUCAGAAGUGGGUGCGGGAGCAUGGCCCAGAGCACCCACUGCACCGGCUCAAGUACACACACAACCAGCUCUUCUUCAUUGCCUUUGCCCAGAAUUGGUGCAUCAAACGGCGGUCACAGUCCAUCUACCUGCAGGUGCUGACCGACAAGCACGCGCCUGAGCACUACAGGGUGCUGGGCAGUGUGUCCCAAUUUGAGGAGUUUGGCCGGGCCUUCCAUUGCCCCAAAGAUUCGCCCAUGAACCCUGCUCACAAGUGCUCUGUGUGGUGAGCCGGCCGCUCCACACCCACCCGCACGCCCCCACUGUCCUGCACGAAUUGCCUCCUGCUGGCCCCUGGACCUGGCCCUGGCCCCAAUCUGGGUGCCACCUGCCUUCCCAGCCCCUCCAGGACCUCAGCCCCUGCUGUCCAUCACUUUAGGGAUGACUCAGAGCAGGGAUGAGGUUGGGCUCUAGGAAGGCAGGGGAGAGAUGCAGGGGUCCCCAGACUUGACUCUAGUCAGCCAGAGCCUGUGGCCAGGCCGGACUCUCCAGGCCCCACCUUUGCUGUGUUCUUGCUGCUAUGUCUGGUCAAUAAAGCUGCUGUAC